GUGUAUACCGUUGUCAGCUUGCCAGGAAAGUCUCUUCCCAAUAGCAAAUAAAAACUUGCCUUUGGCACUCUGCCUUACAACUUUGAAAUCAAGUGAUCAGUUUAGUGGGAAAAAUAGAGAGAUCACUGAAUAAAACUUGUAAUGGAUCGCAUGACUGAUGCUGCUGAAACCAUAUAUGUUGCAGUUGGAAAAGCUGUAGAAGAAAGCAAGCACACUCUGUUAUGGGCAUUGCAGAAUCUUUGUCCCACAAAAGUUUGCAUUCUUCAUGUUCAUCAGCCUGCUAGUUUAUGCAACUCGAGUUGUAUGAAUUUUACAGCAACCAGGCUUCACCAACAGGAUAUUGGGAAGAAGAUUCUAGAUAGGAUCAUGGACGAUUACCUUCUAAUUUGUGGUCAAAAAAGUGUAGAAGCGGCAAAACUAAAUAUAGAGAUGGAUGAUGCUGGAAAGGGGAUUGUUGAGCUAAUUCGUGAUCAAAGUAUCAAGAAACUUGUCAUGGGAGCAGCAGCUAACAAGCAUUUUUCAGAGGGCAUGACUGAUCUCAAAUCUGAAAAAGCUCAAUAUGUGGAGCUGCAUGCGCCACCUUCCUGCAAAAUUUGGUUCAUUUGUGGGGGACAACUCGUCCAUCGAAAGUCACUUGUUGAAAAUGGACAAUCAAACCUGAGCAGCUCUGCUUCAAGUUCUAGUUAUUGGACAGUCUCUAACAAAGUGGCUAGCAGUUCUGACUCAUCUGUGUCUGAGACACUAGGGGAGAGUCCAGACUGGCUUGAGUUCAAUGAAGGAAGCGGUGAUGAUAAAGUCUUUGAAAAUCUAGAACAAGCCCUAUUCAUUGCUGAAAAAUCAAAUCAAGAAGCAUUUGACGAGUUGGACCGGCGUCUGAAAGCUGAAAAGGAUGCUCUCAAUGCUGUAGUACGCCAGGGAAACAUGUUUCUACUGAUACAAACUACACUAAUGUUUGUCGGGAACAAUGGAAACAAUGAAGCAAAUGAAAUGAAAAGUUCAUACAUUGGAGAGUUAAGACGCAGGAAGGAAAUUGAAGGAACGCUUAGAAAACAGAACGAGGAACUUGAACAAGUCAAGCAGCAAAGAGAUGAAGCACGCAAAAUCGCCAGAACUCAUAAGUUAUUAUUGGAGAGUCGAGGUGCCAAAUCUGAUCAUGUUAAAGUAUUGGAAGCUAAGGUAUCAUCUGCAAUGGAGCAGUUACAAAUUUACCAGAGAGAACAAGAUGAUUUGCGGGCAAAGCUCGAAAGUAAGUCAAUUAAAGAUCAUUCAACAAUACAGGAAGAAGGGAGUUCUAAUGUGCAUAUGCAGCAAUUCUUCUCAGAGUUCUCUGUUGCCGAAAUCCAUGAUGCAACUGAGGACUUUGACCCUUCUUUCAAGAUUGCAGAAGGAGCAUAUGGGAGCGUUUAUAGAUGUACCCUUCGUCACACUGAAGUGGCUAUAAAAGUGCUCCAUCAAAAUAGCUUACAAGGGCCCUUGGAAUUUCAGAAGGAGGUUGAUAUUUUGAGUAAGCUGAGGCAUCCAAACCUGGUCACACUAAUUGGAGUCUGCCCCGAAAUAUGGGCUCUCAUCUAUGAAUAUCUUCCGAAUGGUAGCCUUGAAGAUCGUUUGAUCCCCAGGGAUAAUACUCCCCCAUUGUCAUGGCAAACUCGAAUUCAAAUUGCUACUGAGAUAUGUUCUGCCCUUAUCUUCCUACAUGCCUCUAAGCCUCAAAGGAUGGUUCAUGGCAACUUAAAACCAGGGAAUAUACUCCUUGAUACCAACUUCGGCUGCAAACUUAGCGACUUCGGCGUCUGCCAUGUGCUUUCUUCUCUCGAGAAAUCAAACAAUAUGACUGAUAUAAGCCGCAAAUUUCCUUAUCUGGAUCCUCAGUUUCUUAACACAAGAACAUUGACUCCUAGUUCCGAUAUAUACUCAUUUGGCAUUAUAUUACUACAGUUGAUUACUGGGAGACCGCCCUUGAGUAUAAUAGAGGACGCCCAACGUGCAGUAAAUGGAAACCGUCUUAAUGAUUUAUUGGAUCCGUCAGCUGGAGACUGGUCAUAUGUAGAAGCUGAGCAGUUGACUCGCUUGGCUUUGAGAUGCUGUGAUACUAACCGAAGCCGUCGACCAGACCUUGCUUCAGAGGUGUACAAGGUGCUUGAACUGAUUAGAAAUACUAUUGGACCCUUAUCAACAAUCCAUGCAGGGUCUGAACAGCUUCGUCAGCCUCCUGAUUCUUUCUUUUGUCCCAUUUCAAAGGAAAUCAUGAUGGACCCACAUGUGGCAGCCGAUGGGUUCACCUAUGAGUUCAGACAGAUACGGAGAUGGCUGGAUGGUGGGCACGAUACCUCUCCUUGCACGAAUAUUCCACUUGCUCAUCGCAAUCUCAUCCCUAACCAUGCACUUCGUUCCGCAAUCUUAGAGUGGUAGAAGCAGCAUCACCACCAUUAACGUUGUUCCUUAUUCCAGGAACAUAUUUGAUCAGUUUCCUACUGUUUUUCCCCAUAGCCUAUGUUGUGCGUUUCUUUCUAUGUAGCAUCCUUGUAAGUUGGAACCUUCAUGCCGUUGCUUGUUUAAAUAGAAUAUAUACAGUGUGAACCAAAAAAUAUUAUCUGUAUGUAUGUAUAUAUGUAUAUGUCUAUGUAUGGAUGGAUGAUUUUCCUUAAAUUUACAUUAAAUUUAUAAUAUUUAUAUUUGUUUGGUCUUA